UCUUGCAGGCGCGACUUUGGGACUGAAUCUCGUGGUCGCGUCGUUGGUAACCACAAGUGAACAGACUCCAAGCAGCAACUUGGAGACUCGAGAGCACAAACUAAACAUCUCCGCUACUACUCAGCUGCCCCUGGAGACACUUGUGCCCAACUUCUCGACGAAAACAAAGGAAAGCGGAAAGCAGCGUGAGGAGGUGGAGGAGGUGCAAGGCUACAGCUCAUUACUCUCCAUUCAAUCUCAAGGAGUUUUCCGCGCCGCUUUUCUGGGUUGCGAGCGGCUGCAAACAUGACACGAAGAUCCUGCGCGAUUCCGGCGGUCGGGAUCAUCUCGGCUCUCCUGCUGGUCUCUGGCUUCGGCUUAAUUGUGUCUCAUGUGUUCCGCACGUUUAUGCACAACCGCCUCAAAAAGGAGAUUGUUUUGGUGGAGGGCAGCCGUGUGUUCGAGUCAUGGAAAACCCCUCCCCCUCCUGUCUACAUGGAGUUUUUCUUCUUCAAUGUGACCAAUGUGGAUAAUUUCCUUGAAGGGGCCAAGCCAGUGGUCAAGCAGGUCGGACCCUACACCUACAGAGAGUACAGGUAUAAAGACAAUGUCAGCAUGGUGGAAAAUGGCACGAAGGUGUCCGCAUACAACACCAAAAGCUUUGUGUUCCUGAGAGAGAGGUCUGUGGGUGACCCAGCUGUGGAUAACAUCACCACCGUCAACAUCCCUGCUUGGGCUGUAAUGACCAAGGUGAAAGGGAGUUUCUGGAAGUCCAACUUGGUGUCCAUCUGGAUGAACUCUUUCGGGAGCGGUCUCUUCACAACUCGCACUGUGGAUGAGUUGCUGUGGGGCUACGAGGAUCCCUUGCUGGCCCGCGUCUCUUCUUCCAGUCCUGAGGUGGAAAAGAUCUUUGGCCUCAUGUACAAGAAAAAUGGAAGUAACACCGGGGAAUUUGUCUACCACACUGGGCAGCAGAACUACAUGGAUUAUGGCCUCGUUGAAACAUGGCAAGGCCAAAGCAAGCUGACCUUCUGGACAUCUGACCAAAGCAACAGCAUCAAUGGAUCAGAUGGCAGCGCUUUCCAUCCUCUGCUGAACAAGGAUGAACGCAUUUACAUCUUCACUCCAGACCUCUGCAGGUCGAUCUACGUGGAGUUUGAGAAGGAUGUGGAGGUGAAAGGAAUCCCAGCCUACCGCUUCACACCACCACGUUCUGUGUUGGCCAGCAAAGAGGAGAACCCUGCCAAUGAGGGCUUCUGCGUCAGCCCACAAGAGUGCCUGGGAACCGGCCUUCUGAAAGUCAGUCCCUGUCGGAAAGGUGCUCCAGUGGUCGCCUCUUUUCCUCAUUUUCACCUGGCAGAGGAUAAAUAUGUGGCCGCCAUUGAAGGAAUUAACCCUCAAUGGGAGCAUCACCAAACGUUCCUCGACCUCAACCCGACCACUGGAGUGAUUGUGCGUGCUAACAAGAGAGCACAGGUGAACGUUUUGCUCAGCAGGAUCUUAGGAUUCCCGAAAACCAGAGGCCUGAACGAGACGGUCUUUCCCGUCAUGUUCCUCAAUGAGAGUGUGGUGAUUGACGAUGCGUCUGCGGCGAGAGUACAGAAGCUGCUGCUGAUUGUCACGCUGGUGUCCAACUUCCCGCUCAUCAUUGUGGCACUGGGUGGCAUUUUGCUGGUGGUCUUCAUCAUCCUUCUGAUCAGGGCCCGCAAAGACAAGAAUGAAGUUAAGCGCACUGCAUUUACCAAGCCUCUUUAUGCUACGUCUACUGAGGACGACACUUCUUACUCUCCUGUCAGUGACAAGGAAAAGGAAGACAACCAAAAUGGAACUUAUAUUGGUUUAACUCCUAAAGCUGACGCACAAGCUUGAGGAGGGAGCCUUAGAAGGGGGCAUGUAUAUCGACAACCCUCAGAAUUAAACAUGGGGAUUUGGGUUUUCAGGAGAGGGAAAAAAAAUUGCUGCAGAAAAUUGUCAGUAUUGCCUUUGUAAUUUGAAAUUGGGGGGGGGUGUAGAGGAGGGGAACAUAUUUUUAAUCCUAAACAUAAUGUUCUGGAUGUACUUAAUUUUAAGUAUAGAAAGCUACCUAAAGUCCAGGUCGAGCACACUGUAUUCGACAUUGAUUUGAAACCGCUGUGCAUCAAGGGCUCCUUUUUUUUUUGUUGCUGAAUCAGUUGCUGAUCAUCUAAACUCUAAUGAACAGAGAGGAGAUCGCACUUCCAAAACAAACAAGCCUUUAAACUUCAGGUGUGAGUUAAAUUAGAUUUCCAGUGUUGUGGCCUCACCUCAUUCUCUGUUUGCCUGGUUUAGAUCGGGUUUUCAGAUUUUAGCACUCGAGUGCUAUCUAACAGGGCACAGGGAGUGAUGGGACCGGGUCAAUGAAGUCCACAAACUGUGAGUUUUGUUUUUUUUUUUUUAAUAUCAUAUAUCACUCUCAGGGUGUCUUCUGCUCAAACAAUAUUAAGAAGCAGAAGAAGAGAGAAACAAAACAGCAAACAAUCUCUUUGUGGAGAAAUUCAUUAUUUCUGUCAUUUUCAUUUCAUCCUAAACUAAAUGUUACAAAACAUUUACACGGCCAAUUAUUAUUUUCUGCUUGUGCACUGUAGUGUUAUCACCUAAAAACAUUCAGAGUAUGGCAUAGCUUUGUAUAUAUACAGUGGAAGAAGUGUUGGGCUGCUUACAUUCCUCAGUGUAAGAUAGGAAUGAAUAUCAGACAAAACGCUGUAUAUUUUGGAUACUUUAAUUUUUUUGUAAAAUAAGAAGUCCUUCUGAUUUUUUUUUUUGUAAAUGUUAAUGUAGAAAUGUUUGAAUGAAGAACAUCUUAAACUAGAGCUUCACAAGUAUCUUCUGGUGCCAUAAUGAGCGACACAUUGAUCAACCAUCGAAAUGAUUCGUACACUACUGAAUUUAGGUCUUGUCUGUAUUUUUGCCCUGUUUAAGUGUUUGUACUAUCUAACAUGGCCGUAUGAAAAAUCUAAUUAAUCUUGUUAUCAUUUGAAAAGAUGCUUUUUUGAUGCUGUUGUUGAAGGCCUUAGCAUUGUUGGUGCUGUGUAUGACACCCAGCGAAACCUUUGUUCAGUGUUUGUGAUUUUGAUUUCGUGUCAGGCGUCAGCGAUUGCAACUCGGACGUCAUGAGGGUUUAAUAUGAAGAAACACUGCAGUUGUGCCGUUAAAAGAAUCAGUGUUACUGAAUUAAUUUAGCCUUUCAUAGUUUUCAUAUAUUUAAUGAAAAGAAAAUAUGUUGUACCAACAGAGCUACUCUAUCUUUCAGAUACCAAACAACUCACAACUGACUUUUGUUUAAGUUUUGUUUUUUGUUUUCUUUUGGGUUUUUUUUUUUUUAAUCAGCUGGCAGGGUCAAAGCGCACUUUGAAAACGCUCUGCUUGAGUGAUGUAUUGUUCAACAAGGCUACAGCUUUCUCGGUAAAGACUGGUGAAGAUUUUAGAAGUCAGGUGCCAUUUAGUGUAAUACAUCAUUUCUACAGAAUUACUUCAUAUGAACUGUGAGGAACCCAGCUGCAAUUACUGCAAUUAUUUUUAAUUACCACACUUUAAGGGUUAAUGAGUUGCUCCUUAUCAGCUUGUCAUUACAUGCACUCAAAUAAUCAACAAUGACUAUAUCUGACAAUAGUGGAGAAGCUCUAACAUGUUUCAUCUAGAGAUUUUUGAUUUUGUUAUCUGUGAUUGAUGUGUACUGCGAUUUAAAUAUGUACAAUGAGAAGACUGAAUCAAAAUAGAAGAAAUUUGUCGAUAAUCGUACGUAACUGUCACCAUAUAUUCAUCAGAGCGGGAAUGAAUGGUUUAGUCAAUCUUUUCUUAUGCAAAAAACACAGUAUUACACAACAUUAGUGUUGUGGUUAUAGAGGCUAAAUUGCUGAAAUUGGUCAAACCAAAACACAAAGAGCUUCUUAUGAACUGUGAACUGAGCUGCAGAUUAUAUUUACUGACAUUGUUACAGCUAUACCACGUAUUCUUCUAAUUGUCAGCUUGUUUUGAAAUGUUGACUGUUAGGACUGUUUUUAUUGUGUACACAAAAAUAAAAGUAGUUUCAAUAA